GGGACCCGCUCCGCACGGACGCUUUCGCAACGUCUUGUAGUGUAACGCGUCACGCAGAUUUACCAAUACAAUGGCCCAGCAGAAUGUAACCUGUCAUUUCAAAGAGUCCAUGGCCUUCUUCUACAACUACAGUGGUCAAGAAGAUAAAUGGGACCGAACUCAGCUCAUCCUGGUCCAGGUCGUGGGUUCUCUCUUCUGCUGUUUCAUCUUAGUCUCCAACUCCAUGGUCAUAGCUGCUGUCAUCACCAAUAAGAGGUUCCACUACCCUUUCUACUAUCUUCUGUCCAACCUCGCUGCCUCGGACUUCCUCGCAGGCAUAGCAUAUGUGUACCUCAUGUUUAACACUGGCGAGGUGUCGCGAACGCUUACCGUCACACAAUAUUUCAUCCGCCAAGGACUUCUGGAUGUCAGCCUUUCUGCCUCGCUGGCAAACCUACUUGUUAUAGCUCUGGAGCGCUACAUUUCUGUUAUGAAAUGGAAAGUUCAUAGCAACCUGACAAAGAGAAGGGUGACCCUGCUGAUCUGUCUGGUUUGGGCCAUCUCCAUCUUCAUGGGGGCUGUGCCCAGCCUUGGCUGGAACUGCAUCUGCAACCUCAGUGACUGUUCCCAGCUCGCUCCCAUCUUUAGCAGGAGCUACUUGGUCUUCUGGUCGGUUUCUAACCUGGUGGUUUUCCUCGUCAUGGUGGCAAUCUACUUGAGGAUUUACGCUUAUGUGAAGAAGAAGAUUUCAACAAUGUCGCAGCACACUAACGGCUCGAUCAACCGCAAGAAGACUCCCAUCAAACUCAUCAAGACGGUCAUGGUUGUGCUCGGGGCGUUUGUGAUCUGCUGGACUCCUGGUCUGGUAGUCCUGCUAAUGGACGGUCUCAACUGCCACAGCUGCAACGUGAUGAAAUUAAAACGCUGGCUGCUGCUUCUGGCCGUGGCCAAUUCUGUCAUGAACCCCUGCAUCUACUCCUACAAGGACGAGGAGAUGUGGAUCACUUUCAAAAACCUCCUGCGCUGCAUCUGCAACGGCACUCGGCGGCAGCGGUCGUCUAAGGCCAACGCCAGGCCUCUGAACUCUGGUCACGAUACAGUCACUAGCCAGCCGUCCUCAGAGGAAACCAAGCCCGAUGAUAACGGGGUACUCAACACAUGAAACAAUCGCGUGUGUGUGAUGAAGAACUUCAGUCCAGACUGGAGUGGAUAUACUACAUGAUGAAGAUACACACUGAAGCUGACUUAAAGGGAAGGCACUAUCUCUGUGGUUUGUGUUUUACCACAAAGUACAAGAUUCUUUUUUAUGGAGACACUGCAGGCCAUUAGGUCCAAUUAGGAUCCAGAGUCAUGUUU